AUGAGCACUCCGGACAACACCGAAAGCAAUUACAAUGUGUCUUCAAAUAGUAUUACAAAAAUAGAUAUUAAUGAUGAUGAUCAUCAACAUUCGGUAACAAUUUCCUCCUCCACUAAUGUACAUAACAGUAAUUCAGAUAACCUUGAUUUGGUCAAUGGUAAUUUUAAUCAAUUGCAACAUAACGAAUCAGUCAUGCAAGCAACGAAUUCCAACAACAUUACAAACAAUGAAGCGACCUCAUUACCCACCGAAACACAACAACCAACCACACUACUCCCAAUCAUCACUGAAACUACUUCAAACACAUCCAAACUCACCUCUCCCACCCAAAUCAUUGACGUAGAUGUUGCAGCCACUACAACAACAGGCUCCUCAGCAAAAACCGUUGCCAAGCAUUUCAACUCGCAUCAUUCUCCAUGUAUUAUUGAGGCUCAAACUUUAGAAAUUGGUUUGAAAACAAGCUCUCCAAACAAACAUUGUUUACAGAGACAUUCAUCAACAGAUUUUCCUUCGGUUUCAUCAAAAACAUGUCCAGAAUUUCAUCCCGACGCAAGUUUUACAGAUCUAUAUGCUUCCGUUACAACCACCCAUGAUUCUACAACGGUUGUGAGAGAACACCAAACACAGAAUCCUUACGUGCACCACCGUGAAACAGAUUCUCUCGCGCUUCCUUACCUCCAUUCUUUUCAUUCGACAUCAAGCGAGCAUAAUCUCCUUUCUUCUUUCCAAAUGGCCCAUACGAAACCAACAUCAUUGGGAGUGAAUCAACGACAUAAGGAUGCGGCUCAUCUUCCACUUAAUCAUCACCAUCCAUCAUCCUUGAUCUCUUUGAAAAUUCAUGAAAAACUCCAAUCGCAAAAAAAUAACUUGAUGUUGAGUCAUGCGAUGAGAAUUGCAACUUCUCUGGCGUUUGCUUGGAUGGAUAUUACUUUUGUACUAGGAGCAGCAUUGUUCGUUGCAGGAUGUGGUCUACUCAUUGCGAGUAAUGAAAUUUAUUUCUUUUCGGGAGUGCUGCUGUUUAUCAUUGGCAGUGCCAUGUUUUUGGUUGGACCUGUCGGGAAACUUGUCAUUGAUUUAUAUCAAUUAGUGAGACAUUUUCGAUGGGAAACAAAAUUGAAGCAUUUACCAACGCUCUAUAAUGUGACCGAAGUUGUUGAUGAUAAUCAUCUACAUCAUUACGAUUCAGACCAGAAUAAUUCUUCGAAAUCAUCAAUCGAAUAUGGUCAUGGCAGGAAUGUAGACCAAUUAGUAGAUUUACAACACGAAUUUCGAAAGUAUAGACCUGAGGAUUUACCUUCUUUGAAAAUGAUUUUGUUAGAAUUAUUUAAUGAUACACUAUUAUUGCUUGGCGGAUUGACAUUUACAAUUGGCUCAUCGCUCUAUAUGCUAAACCCGCCUCUUUAUGUUGUAUAUAUCGCCGAGGUGUGCUGGGCUGUAGGAGCAAUUUCAUAUUUAAUUGUGACAAUUAUUCAGUAUGCUCUAAAGCAAAUGGACAUUAUCAAAAAUUACUCGAAAUCCUAUGAAGUCAUUACUUUCAAAUGCUUUACAAUAAUGACCCUGGAUAUUUCUAGUUAUUUAUUUAAUAUUUUGAGCAGUGUUCUGUUCGUAAUUGGAGCUGGAUGCUUCUUAGUCAAUCAGAGAAGCUUAGAAAUUACAGGAGAAGUAAUUUGGAGUGGUGGUUGCAUUAGCAUGAUCAUUGCCAUUUUCUUCUCAAGAAUUGUUUGGUUGAAGAACACAUUUUGUUUCGCCGAAACUGACGUGUAA